AUGACUUCCCCCAGCGCGGCAGUUGUGUCCCAACGGCUCUGUAAUCUACUCAUGAGUUUCCCAGAGGCUGCGAUCGCUGGCGUCGAGUGGCAGGCGCUCGCGCGGAAGUACAAGGAGCGCCACGCGCAGCAGCUUGACCUGCAUGCCCUUGGACAUUCGUCCGCACUUGCUGCUGCGAGCACCCUUCUGUGGGACGUCCUCCGCAUCGCGAACUCGGACGACACAGAUAAUCCAAUUGUUGCGCUGGAGGACCACGUGGCCUUGACGGCCCAGCCGGGCCUCUUAGGCUGCUGGCCGUCGCUGUACAAGGCUCUUUGCGAAGUCUCUCUCGAGCACGGCGCCGCCGAGAACGGCGCCGCGGCCAGAGGGCUGCUGAUGUCGCAGCUGAAGCCGCUGCUGGAGAAGCAGUGGCACACCAGCUUCGAGGAGAACGGCCUGGGGUACCUCACCGCCAAAGGCAGCUUCGUGAAGCUGAAGAAGAUGAAGCACCUCGUGCAGGCGGUGAUCUCCUGGCGCGGGCAGCGGGUGGCGUGGCGCCUCGAGGACGCCAGGGCACAGACCGCGAUCGACGAGGCGCUGGCUCCGAGCCUGGAGCUCGUGGCCUCCACGCGGCACAACGACCUGGUCCUGCGCUGCACCCCCGCGGGCCCGCAGGACUUCCAGGAGCCCGUGCCGGCUCCAGCGGGCGCGCCUGCCGCACCAGGGGCCCAGGUGCAGCAGGCGCGCGCGCCUGCCGCCGCCCGCGGCGCCGUCUGCCACGCCGGCCAGCCUUGCCACACAGGAGAGGCGAGGCGCCGCGGCAGCCCUGCCGCCCGCGCAGCGGGCGGGAGGCCCAGAAGGACGCCCUGGAGCAGGAGGUGGCGCUGCUGCGGGCGGAGAACGCGGCGCUGCGCGGGGAGCUGCAGGUCCGGGCCGCGACGCCGCAGCGGCCGCUGCCGCGCGGCGCCCUCGGCGAGGCGCCCCCGCCUCGGGGAAGCACGACGCGCUCGGCUUCGACGACCCCUUCGAGCCGCCGCCGGAGGCGGGCCGCUGGAAGGGGUACUACCCCUGGGGCGCGGGUGGCUCGCCCGCGCCCAGCUGCAGCACCAGCUGCGGGGGCGGCCGCGACCUCGCCUGGGAGAGCGCCAGCAGCGUCUGCGGCGGCGGCAGCGACUUCGGCGAGUGCGCCGACACGCCCCGGUCCUCGGGGCGCUGCAGGUCGGACUUCCUGGCCUCCGCGGUUCCCUCGGGCGCUAUGACGCCGCAGGAGGGCUGCGGGAGCGUGGAGGAUCCCAGGCGCCCGCCGGGUUCCUGCCAGUGGCCAUGUGGUGGACUAUGGUGCCCCCCACCGCUCGUGGUGCCUUGCUGCAGAUCCCCUGCGGCAUCGUGCAGAGCAUGCGCGCGCACUUUGAGCCGGGAGCGGGGGCGCAGUAG